UGGCAGCACUGACAAAUGACUAUCAGCUGGUAGAAGCGACUUGCAAUUAGUUCUAGGAGAUAAAAAUUGUUUAAAUUUGAGAUUAACAAAAUAUGGCUGAAGCCAAUGCUGCUGCAACAACUAACGGCGAGGAGAAAAAGCUAUCCGACAUAUUUUUAAGUGGCUGGAAUCUGCUUGACGAGCUUGAGGUCACCGAGCUACCCUUCAAUGGCAGCGAAUUUCAGAAUAAAGUGAAAACAGCAAUGGAGUAUUUUGAGCAAGCCACUGUGAUUGUCAAUCAAGUGAGCAUGUUCAGUCCCAAUGAGCUGAUUGACGAGGUGUCCACGGAUUCGCUGCCCUUUAUGCUGUUGCCAUACUUCCUGGGCAAGCUCAGCACGAAGAUUAACAAUCCAAAUAGUACAGAAGCCAUAGAGUUAGGUGAAGUCUAUUUUAAAGAUCAUCUUCAACGCUGCCAGGAGUACGAGCUCUGCGAAGCGCCCAGGAGCAAAACGCAGCAGGACAACAAAACGGAUGCAGCGCAGCAGAGAAGCGAACAACGCGAAUUAAUAGAGGCGGCAUACAAUCGGAAUGACAAAAUCGCACAGUACCGCAAGAUGAAGGACAUUGACGAGUAUAUGUCCCGCAUGCGUUAUGCCGUUAAGAACAAGACCGCCGAUGACGAAGUGCGUCGUGAAUUCUUUUUGAAGUAUUUGGAUAAGAGCAUCAUGGAUGCCAAGCAGGAGUUGGAGAGUCUGCGCAUGAUGAAAGAAAUGGUUAAAAUGCGUCUCGGACGCAUGAAGGCUGGAGCACAGGCACAGUUGGAAAACUCAACUGCAGAGCAGCAGCCAAGAGCUCACGGCGGGCACAGUCACGGCCACGGACACAGCCAUGGACAUCAUCACAUAGAAUCAAAGCCAAAACCGCUACAACCAUUUAUUAUAACACGCAAUGCCACACAGAAGGCAGUUUUUGGCUUGGGCUAUCCUAGUGUGCCCAUUAUGACCGUGGACGAGUUUUAUCAGCAACGCGUAGACGAAGGCAUCUUCCCCGACGAGCAAAAAAUGGCCAAAAUAAAUCAAGAAAAGGCGAUUGCAGCCGCUCUGGACCCCAAUGAGCAGGAAGACGAAGAAAAUGCUGUUGUGGAACUCCAAGUGGAGAAUGACGACCCAGAGUAUUUGGCGCGCAUGCGGCGCAUGGACGAAUACAAGGAUGUGGUCCGUCGUGGUGAUGGAAAUCGUCAUAAUCGUAGUUAAACUAAAUUCUCAACUAAAAAUUAAUCAUGCAUUAAAGUAUUUUGUAUUUUUUAAAAACAA